GUAUAUGUACCAAUUUGUACCAGUUGAUUUUUCAGAUGUCAAAUUUGACAGUUGUAUUCAUUAUCGUGUAUAGUGUAGUGCAUUGGGGAAAUAAUUGAAUAAACAAUGGGAUUGAACAGUCUCUGAAAAGCUUUCUUGAUUCUAAUACAAACCACUCAUACCUUUCCAUAGAUUCACAAUCGGAUUUCUGUUAUACGCGACCAUCUGUUGUGGUUAUAUUAAAAUCAUGAAUGCUUUUCAGAGAUGCCCGAAUACCUCGGACGCAGUGCCGCUUUAUUUGCCGCAGAAGUUGUAUUUAAAACCAAUAGCGCGAUUAAACGUUUCCAUACAUAUAACCCAGAAGAUCCUGGGUAAAACAAUCAAACAUUACGAGAUCAUGGAAAAGUUGAAGGACCUUAUAAAACCGGACGAAUUUGUUGUGCUUAAAGUGACUAAAACUACCCUAGAGGUAAUCGAAUUUGAUGCAGAAGUGGAUCAUAGAAAUAAGUUAAUAAAAGUCCUUGAUAAACUGCACAACAAGACAAUUAAGCUGAAGGAUUUCACAGACUUGAUGGGUGUGAAAGCUGUGGAAAGCAGGAACGCGUUUCCCGUUCAGCACGAAUGGGACUCGUAUUUUCGAGAUGCCAAGGAUAUGAAUGAAAUGAAGCCUGGCGAGAGACCAGAUACAAUACAUAUAUCGAAUCUACCAACGAAAUGGUUCAUCGGCCAAAACAAAUUCGAAUCGCUUCCUUCAGACAAACUGGUCUAUAAAAUAUUUGAGAAGUACGGACCUGUCCGGCAAGUCGACAUACCAAUUUGCGAUCCUUACAGAUCGCAAAUGAAGUCGCACAUCACCGGAAUACAGGAUUCGUCUUUCGAAAAGUUGGACUUCUUUGAGGCGUAUGUGCAAUAUAAGGACUAUAUAGGGUUUAAGAAGGCAAUGGAAUCUUUGAAAGGCAUGAAGCUUAUGUGUAAAAUUGAUGGUGAAGCUAAUAUGAUAGAUAUGUUUGUUGAUUUUGAUAAGAGCAAGCAUUUGAGUGAAGCAACUAUUAGGAGAAGAGAUAUAGUUAGGGAUAGAUUGAUAUUGAAGCAAAAGGAGAAGGAAGCCAAAGAAAAGGAAAUUCAGCAAGAAAUUAUUAAGCAGCAAAUUGCAGAUAGCAAAAAGAAAAUUGAUAUGAAAAAUGAGAAAGAAAAGAGAAGAAGGGAGAGGGAAGAAAAGAGGAAGGCUAAAAUAUUAGCUGAACUUAAAACUAAGGGAUCUGUGGACAUUAAUGAUAAAAUAGCAAAGGAAGAGAAGAAAUUGUUAAAGGUUCAAAGACGCCUGGAAUCUAUAAGACUUGUUGAAGAGUUGUUUAAAAGGAUUAAGAUUAAAGUGCAAAAGAAUCCCGAUUUUACGCCGACGAAGAAUUGUAAUAAUUCAGAGUUAUCCAAGUUAAAAUCGUUGACAGAGCAUGAAGUGAAAUCGCAGAGAGAAAAGUUGCAUCAUGCAAUUGAAGGGCGUGUUAUACUCAAGUCGAUUAUUGCCAAGGAGAAGAUCGACGACGACGCUUCAAGCAGCACAUCUUCUCUUAGUUUAGAUAAAGAUUAUGAGGAUACCCAUCGAAAUCAAAUGUACCAUCCACAGCCGAUGAACGACAUGAAUUGGUAUAAUUAUUUACCCCAGUAUAAUGGCAUGUCUGCAGCUGCAGCAUGCUAUUCGCAGUUUCCCUAUUACCAUCCUCAUCAUUCGAGGGGAGGUCGCGGUAUGGCAGGACCGUCCAGGCGUCCGCAACGGAGUUUUAACCGCGGCAGGGGGCGCGGGGGAAUGAAUCAUCCUUAUUUUCAACAAGACUAUUAUAAGUACGCGCAUCAAUUUCUGAAAGAUCAAAUGAAGCGUUACAGCCGGUACUCGAGGUCCAGGUCGAGAUCGUAUUCUAGGCAUAGAAGUAGAACACGUUCUAGGUCACGUUCGUACAGUAGGUCCAGAUCGUACUCCAGGAGUAGAUCGAAGCGCAGGUCGCGAUCUCAGUCUCAGCACAGCAGACGCAGAUCGAUUUCCAGGAAAUCCAAGUCCAGGUCCCGGUCCAAGUCUAGAUCGCGAAGCCGUUCCAACGAUUGAAACGUCAAAAAGGCCUGCUUUCAAGAUUAAGACAAUUUGUUUUUAU